UACUGGUAAAAUAGAAUGUUUCAAAGAGUGUUGUGAGAUCCAUUUCUGAAAAGAAAAAUAAAGGAGGUACGUGGAUGUGCAGUGCUGAUAUGACACUAACCCUCAUUGCAAACACUGUCAAAGAGAUUUUUUUUUUUUUGCACACUGAGGCCACACCUCAAUCCCGUCUUUAUAGCAGUGUGAGUGUGUCUCUGCUUGGCUGUGGUACACUCCUCGCACACAGAAUAUACAGGAGAGCCACCUCGCCAUCCAGCCAGCUGUCACACACUAGGCCAGGACUCACCUGACGCCUGCCACUCGGAGGAGGGAAGAUAACCAAAAUAACCGGCUUGUGAAAAUGUUGCUGUGGGUCGCCUUGCUGAUGUCUCGCUGUUUUUCUGGUCUGGAUGGAGCUGCAGCCGGCCCCGCGGGAUUGGAGCGGAUAGAGGAAUGUGGAACCAGUUGUUCUCAGGGCCUUCAGUGCAAGACGAAGCCCAACAAUUGGUUUCCUCCUCCGUGUCAGAACCCCGGCGAAGGUGUGAACCGCUCCUCCGUGUUCCACGACGUCGACCUCUCCACCGUCAUGCGCUGUGAGGGGAGGCAGAAGUGCUCCCUGCACCUCAGAAUCAAGACGGCAAUCAACCUUACUGAGUCCAUUCAUGGUUUGUCCGUCUGCACCGUCACUGCGGGGAUGAUGCCCAACUGCCAAAUAUUCAGCUUCAGAAGGGAGUCGAGGCACCGACUUUCUGGCCUAAAGGUGGAGGUUGAGAAUGACUGCACUGUCAUUCCUCCACGGGAACGCGUGCAAGUAACUGUGGAGACUGUGCCGAGCUACUGCGGCGUCACCUGGACGGGAACAUAUGACGCUCCGGCAUGCAUCAGUGAAGAUUUGCGCAGACAUGUCCCAGAAUGCAUCACUGGGCGGCUGUCGUAUGAUGUAAACCCACAGACGAAGGAGCUGAGAGUCAGUGUGUCGGACAUGUUGGAGGAUCAAGACUACCACCUCCGUCUGUGCCACCGGGAUUUCAUCUGCGCGGGAACAGGCGCCCACAGACUGAUAAAGAAGGGGGAACGUGUCAUGAGUGCCAUCCUCCCCUACUCCCAACCUCUGCCCUGCCUCUGCAUCGAGGGAUGGUCGGAUGUGACGGAUGCCUCGAGAGUUCAGAUCUGCCCGUUUAAACACCGCCUCGGGGUGCUGUGGUCUGGAAUUAACUUUGAUCCCCUGGAGGAGACGCUAUCAUGGGAGCCCAUCUGCCCUGUGGCUGCAACAGCUGUUUUGUGUCAGAAAAGGGCCGACGGCGUCUGCGUGGAUCUGCCUCACGGCUCACAGAAUGUUAGCAGGAAAAAGAUUACGUUUACUAAAGUGGAUCCGCACCCUCAGCUGUGCAUGAAGUUCACUGCAGGCCGUCGGUCCUGGACAAGGUGCCCCUUUGCCAACCCCACAUUCCAAGCAUGGGAGGUGGUCGUGUCGGGACAACAGGGCCAGAAAGUGGUAAAGGUGUUGUCCCAGGUCGCAGCAACGUUUUCUGUGGGGCUGUGUGUGAAGCCCGAAGGCUCGACCUCGUGCCAGAUCACCGACACGUACACCGUGGACGUGGAGCAACACAAUGCUGUUGGUUUAAACCUGAAAGGGGAACCAUGCAACUCUUGUCUCCAGGUGAAGAGACUCAACGUGAAGUUUGCUGCCACCGUCACUCACUGUCUUGAGCAAUGCAAUCAAACAGGGGCCUGUGGACCUGAUGUUUCCAGUCGAGUGUCUUUGGAUUUUGGUUGGAUCAUUUUACACGCUGCAGUCCUCUUUUCUGGCAUCUUCAUUUUCACCCUGGCGCUCCACGUACUCUUAACCGUUUAUCAAAAGAGGAAACAAAACGUGAUUGGAGGAUGCAUCUCUGAAAAGAGAACAGAUCCCGCUUCUGACUGUGCAGUUGUGGUAUUAAAACCUCAACCUCCUGGCCAUGGAGGGUUCCUCAUCCCGGAUUCCCCCCAGUGUGGGAACACUGAGAAGGCCAACUUAAUCUAGAAAUGACCAAAGAACAGAGCUUUUUUCAAAGGCUUAAUGUGCAGUGUAUUCAAAUGGUCUGACAGUUAGUGAUUUGUAUGCUUGUUAUAGAUAACUGUUGUUAUUCUGUGGAUGUCUGUGUGGGUCAAAGUUAAUGUGUAUAUUGCUUUUUCUUAAAUAAGUGAAAUAAUGAAUUCAUCUCGCAGCUAAAUGGUUACUUAAAUAUAUAUUUUCAUUAAAAAAAUAAAAAUGUCAAAGAAAACCUGCAGAUUUUUUAAAUCUUAUUGUCCUUCUAUCAGAAGUAAACAGUAGCCCAUCCUU